AUGCACUACUUGAUGGACACCUUCAUGCAUUGGACCUACCAACACAGGAAAGGCCAUUGUUUCGUGACUGAAUUCCGUGGCUUUGGAUCUGUCCUCACAAACCCACAGAUCAUGGAUGUAAACCCAGCGAACGGUCAAGCCUCUGCUGUUGCCCUCAUGGUCACUCAACAUAGAUGCAAGCUCGGUUGUCAGCUCCUUGCACUGCCUCCCCUAAUAAAAAUCCCUGUGCAAAUCCCGUCAAACGACCAGAUAUACUGCCACGCAUUGGAAUCAACCAUAAACCCAGGUGAGAUCUCAACUGCCGGUCCAGCUGAUCUCCAUACAUUUUUGGCCACCUUAGCUCGCCCAGCGCCUCCGAAGGCCCCCACCCCUGAUUAUUCAUUCUUUUGA